CUGCACUCUGGACCGCAGAUAAAAGCCUGCUCCGCACAUGCAACUGCAUGCAGUCUGAAGGUCAGAGCGAACAUGGCAACCCGCUGGGGAAUCUGUGGAGCUGGAAACAUCAGCCAUGAUUUCUGUGUGGCUCUGAAGACACUUUCUCAUGAAGAUCACCAGAUAGUUGCAGUUGCAGCAAGAAGCCUAGAAAGUGCAGAGAAGUUUGCAAAAACUCAUGGCAUCCCAAAAGCAUACGGCAGCUACCAGGAGCUGGUGAAGGAUCCAAAUAUUGAUGUGCUGUACAUCGGCGUUCUGCACACACAUCAUCUGCAGGUGGGUCUGCUGUUCCUCAACGCUGGGAAGAACGUGCUGUGCGAGAAACCCUUCGCCAUGAACCUCCGAGAGGUCAGACAGCUCGUCUCGGCCGCCCGGGAGAACAACGUCUUCCUCAUGGAGGCGGUCUGGUCCAGGUGUUUUCCCGUGUACGCUGAGGUCGGCAGGCUGCUCUCGGAGAGCGCCGUGGGGCAGGUGAAGAUGGUGAAGGUGUAUUUCGGUCUUCCUCUGCUGGACCGCGAGCGCGCCACACAGAAGGAGCAGGGCGGAGGAGCGCUGAUGUACAUCGGCAUCUACUGCCUGCAGUUCGCUCUGAUGGUGUUCAAGGGGGAAAGACCAGAAUCCAUCCACGCCACGGCAGUCCUGCUGCCCUCAGGUACAGUAAAUAUCACCACCGCAUUAGUUACAGUGCAUAUUCACUGUGCAAAAUGCAUGAAUCUGAGAUGGUUCUUAGCUCGUAGAGGGCCUUUUUUUUAGUUUGUAAAGGGAA